GGCUGUUAUGUUUUUUUAUUUUUGUUUCGGCUCUUCUGUGAUAAGAUAGAAGAUCAUACGUUUAUACAUUUACAUAAAAACCGUGACACAUGGAGUGAGUUUCCGUGUACUUUUCCACAGGUGGGUCUUUUCUCCGGCAGCUGACUGGAAACACACAUUCUAACUUUUAUUUUGAACACCGGGCGCCGGGCGCUUCCUUCUGAUGGCUCGAGUCUGCGAAGGGGAAACAGAACCGAGGUCGUUGUCCGCGGACGAAAGGACUUCGCCGUGGCCGGAAUGAACUCCGCGGAGAAGAGGCUGGCGGAGCUGAUUCGCGAGCACCCGAACCUGUACGACCAGUCCCGCCGCGACUACAAGGACAACAUGAGGGGCCACCUGUCGUGGCGGGAGAUAGCGGACGCCAUGGGGAAGUCGGAGGAAGAAGUGAAGCUGAAAUGGAAGAACCUGCGCGACAAGUUCUGCAAGGCGAAAAAGCGACUGGCCAAGAGAAACGUCCCCCCGCCGGACGACGGCGACGGCCCGGUGGAGAGGCACGUCCCGGUGCUGUACAGCCAGCUGGCCUGGCUCAGCCGCUACGUCAAGCCCCGGGCGGAGGGCGGCGUGGGGGAGUCCGAGGAGGCAACUGGAAGAGCUUGUGGUCAGGAAAAUGAGCAAGAUGAAGAUGAGAAGGUGCACCCCAGUCCCAUGCCUGUUGUCAGCACUAGUUACUCUGUUGUGACCUCCUGUCCCAGCAGCCAUCAGGAUGCUGUGUCCUCUCUGAAACGCAAAAGGCCAACAACCACAGACACUGAGAUAAGCUCUGCAGAUGCCCUCAGCAGCCUCAGAGAUGAAGAUGAAAUGUUUUUGCUCAGCCUCCUGCCUUCGUUGAAGAGGCUUACCAUUAAAAAGAGAAUGGAGGUGCGGAUGAAGUUCCAGCAGGUGCUCUAUGCUGCAGAGUUUGAGGAUUAAAGCGCUUCGAAGGAUCUGAACACUUAUGGGUUGCGGUUGUUUGCUUUAUGACAUGUACAGAGCUCCUCAGGUAGCUGUCUUUUGAAUAGACUGGUUUAAACAUUAUAACUCAUGUAUAAUUAUUUUUUUAUCCCUCUCAUAAAAUAAAAGAUUUGUCCAAGAGCCACUGCGA